GAGAAAUAUAUGGUUGUACUGGAAACUUGGGUUCUCACCUCACUGUGUUUAUCUUUGUCGAAUGAUUUUUCCCUGUGGAAGGGAAAAUGUACCAAAUUAAUAUAAUGCAAAGCGAGCCAUUGAUAAACAGGAAGAGAAAAAUUCGAGCAGAUAGAGAUGAAAGCGGACCAAGUACCACCAAAAGUUAAUCACUGAGUCGCUAGGUUGCCAUUCCCCAUGCACAUCCAAAAGGAAUUCCCGACCCACCUACAUCUCCAUCUAGGCCUUAAAACCCUAAUUUUUCCAGAAGCAACUACAAACCCUGAUCCCCACGUCAUUCACAACCACAAGCCUUCACUACACUCACCAUCUAUAUCAAGGACGUCGUCGCUUUCUUCUUCUGUGUUGAUGGAUAGUUCCUCGUCUUGGUCGUCAUCUACAAUGGACGAUCUGAUUGGGACGGAGAGCGGCGCCCCAAUCAUGUCGAAUGAGGAACAGGAGAAAUUAGGGCUUUUGAAUAAUCAAGAUAAGAGGAAAGCUACUACCAAAAAGAGUGAAAGGAUAAUGAUCAAAACGGAAUAUCCACCACCGAUACCGUUACUUGCACAGACUGGGAAUUUGCAAGGUCGCAUGCCAUGGGUUCUGACCAAGCAUUAUAACUACUCUGAUGGAAGGCUUGUUCUUAAGGGAGAGAGAGUGAAGCAUCACGAGUACUUCGAAGCUCUCCGCGAAAAUGGACGUCUCAUCUUAAACCUUGUACCUUUAGACAACAAUGCCAUAAUAUGUUGUGAACAUCAGGAAACUAUUCAUGAAGAAGAAGACGUGGAAAAGGAAGACCUAUUUGUUGAUGAAGAAGAUCAUGGAGAGCAAAUCGAAAUCAAAAAGUGCUUCAAAGAAAGUGAUUCUGAGGAUGAUGAUGAGGAUGAAUGUGAUCACAGCUACGUGGACGAGGCUCAUUAUCAUGAUCAUGUACAAAAGAAAGCAAUGGAUAUUGUAAUGGGUUAUAAUUCGGUGCGUCGAUCAACUUCCUUUUGCGAUGCUCAGAUUAAUAUCCAUGAACACCAGCAGAUUUACUUGGAUCACCCUGCUUCUGCUCCUCUUCGUCCAAUGACUACUGUCAUGUAAUGUAAGCAUUGAUCACUAAGUUUCAUCAUAUGUCAUAUAAGGUGCCUGGAGUUAGUAGUAUUAAAUUAGUCACAGGGACAGGGAGCACAGUUCACAUUAAUGAAGAUAUGGUACCCUUAAGUGCUGGAAAACUUCUACUUUGUAGAAAGCUUUUUCCAAAAAGUAAAAUUGUAUUUUUCACUCCAUCAAACUUUUGGUUUUCUUUAUCAAUAUACAUCAACUUUCAUGUCAUAAUUGUUUUUACAUGUGAUAUUUUAUCUUGAAUUAAUUUAAACUG